UUUCUUAUAUGAAUACGCACCCUGAAACAAUUCUCACAUAUGCUAAGUAUUUUGGAAAAGUUCAGAAUGCCGUCAGCGCGCGUAUGACAGAUAUGGAUUCCGAUGGGUUCGUUGUAUUAGCAAAGGAAUCAGAUGGGACAGAAAAUGAAGUUCAUAUUAGAUUUAAAAAUCAGCUGAAAAGUUAUGAGCAGGUUAGACCAGUAUUGACUGAGAUGGCCAAAGAGGCAGAAGAAGCUUUAUCUUUGCCCAGUACAACACCUCCGCCCAUGCCGUCUAGCAACUUUACAAACAUUCAUACCCCUUUUAAUCCACCAGAAUCAUCAAAAUUCAUUGGGACUUUGUCAAUAAUUAUUUUCGGUGCUGUUUUGGCAUUUUAUCCUUCUCCAGUACCAGAAGCUAUCAAGAUUUUAAGCAGCAAUGCUUAUUCAGCGCCUAAUUCACAACAGAUCAAUGCUGGAUAUGAAACUCGACAUUUAUCCACCUAUCCGUGGCUUGUUUCUGAACAGCAAGCACCUCAAACACAGGCAAUAAUACCAACAACUUCAGCAUCAACUGGUUCGACUUCAUCCAAAGGUAUUUAUAUUACUCCAGGAUUAGAAACGAACGGUAACCUCGUACCAACGCAAAAUACUCCGGUUGUUGGCUCAAGUAUAAGAAAUACAAGUGUGAAACACGGAGCAGAUAGCAGUACAAGCACACCUGCUAACACACCUUCCACCAACAUGAGUGAAACUGGUAAUAAUAACCUAAACAAUAAUAGAGCACCUGAAUAUGGUAAAAUUUUGAUUCUUGAAGUCAAUUUCGAGCUGAUUCGUGUUUGUAUCGAUUAUCACACCAAUAAGUGGCCAAAUGAAGAAUUGACUAUGUAUAAAAUGCGCCUUCAAACAAAUUUGGCCUAUCUCGCAAUGGUAGCCGAUGAAUACAACGGAAACCCUCGAAACAAAGUAAAGCCCAAAGUACCUGAUUUAUCCCCCUUACCCAUUCCACGUGGUUCAUGCGGACAAAAUCUUAACAACCUUAUUCAACGAGCUGUACAAGUCUUUUCGGACUAUAAAAAAUUUCAUAGGUCCGAUGGUGUUUCUACAACUGUAAGUUCUAAUGCGAAUAAUAUCAGUCAUACAAGUAAUAAUAUUACCAGCAAUAUAUCGCCUAGUACGGUUUCAGAUGGAGGGACAUCUACCUCACCUCGACAAUAUAAAUUGCCGACUUCAAGUAGUAUUAUGGGUUCCGUGCUCCCAUCAUCAUCUCAGUAUCAGCAAAUGUAUCAAAAACAACAGCCCACCCCGCAGCAGAUGCAUCCUUCACAACAACUGCAACGACAUUCAUCUUCGCUACAACCAAAUAUGGUAGCUAAUAAUAACAAUAUGACCGAUUAUACAAUGAUGACAACAAGUAAUAAUUCCGAACAAUCUUAUCAAGUUCUUCCUCCGUUAGUUGGAAUUGGUGGUAUGUCAAUUGGAAAUGCAGGGAACAGCAAUGCUAACAACGGACAAGGCACAGGAAUAUUACCUUCUUUAAUUGGUUUAAACGAUCAGUUUGGCAUGCCUAUAUCUCAACAGCAACAACAACAAUUACAGAAUGAUUUUGGUACCACAAAUACUUAUGGUAUGGCCCGAUAUUCAAGCGCUAAUGGAAGUAGCGUCAUGAAUAACGGUGGUAUUGGCAAUAAUGGAGCAGGACUGGCAAGUAACAAUAACAUGGGAAGCAAUGGUAUUGGUGUUAAUGCUUUGGCAG